AAAGGAGCAUUCGCAUGCGCAUCUGUGGCAAAUUAGUUCAGUUCGAAUUGAUGUUCGUUCAGAGGGGAUUCACACUACAUCAUUGACAAGUUUUAUGAUUUGUCGGACGACUUAGAUUUUGAUACGCAAAAAAUAUUCAUGAUCUUCAUAUAGUCCGGGUAUUUACAUGACCACUAUCUUUCUUGUGCUGCUGAGUUGAGAAUAAUGUCAUGAACUCUCCUCUUUUGUCGAUCGUAAUGCUGAGUUACUCUUCUACGCACACUAGAGUACCUUUGUUGGGGUACUAUAUACUUAGACAAGAAUUAGUACCGUCAGCGAAUGUGGUUAAGACACUACUUCGUUGAGGGCAAUGGACCCUCUGUCAGAUAGAGGUGGAUCGAUCUGAAAAGAUUGUACAAGGAUCUGCUCAACUUUGCUUUUCUCGUAUGGAUGAUCUCGUUAUCGAAGGACGUGAAGGCGAUUCGUCGAAACUUUUUUGGAUUUCGUAUCAAUUCGGAAUUUUUCGCCCUUGAACGCUUCGUUGCAGCCUGCUUGUGGCUACGAAGCUUAGCAUAACAGAAAGAGCUCCGUUUUUAGAGGAGGUGAGAGAGACUAAGAAGAAAAUUUUCGAGUUGCUUGAAGAACGGUCUCGUUUGCGAGGUUAUAUUCUAGAAAAUCCUGCACUAGAGUCUAACGACAAAGUUCGUACGCAGCACAGUUACCGCACAGAUUGGGAUAAGAUCUCGAGUUUUACAUACUCACCUAAGUGGCACAGGAUUUCAAGGAGAGAGAAAAAGAUGUCGAGACGUGCAGAGAUCUGGGAGCGCAAGCGGGUUGCUUUCCUGCAAAAUCGCAAGGUCGGGGGCAUCGCAGCUGACUCGGCUAGCGCCUCUUCUAGCGUUUGCGAAGACAUCGAGCAUUCUUGGAACGAGAGCAGGAAAAAUGAUCCGCCGAAGCCUAUUUUGCGCCAAGAAUACAAGCUCGUAGACGAUGGGGUGCCUCAAAGACCGCAUGACCGGAAUCGAACCGAGAUCAAAAUCGCAAAACCACCGGGUAUUAUUUAACGGGCUCUACCUCGAAGAAUGAAGCGAUUUUUUCGUCGUGAUUUCGUCAUAUAAUCUAACUACUACAACGGUGACUUAAAGCCUUUUACUUUUCAUCAUCUUCUCUUGCACCUGACUUCAUUUGUCCUCAAUAUUUGUAGUUCACUUCGCUUUCGUAUCUUCAUGACAGGUGGUGGCUCUAGCAUGGACCUAUCUUGGUCGGCUUCCACUACAAAUUCUGUUGCGCCGAUAGUGCAGCCAAAGCGGUUUAACCCUUUGACUGGUACACCACGUGAUGUCGAUUUCCCAUUAGGUGGCAUGCAGAAGGGGCGUGGCUUGCCUCGUGCAGCAGACAAAGAGAAUCAUGCAUUUGCCAGCAAUUCCAAUGUAGCCCCGCCGCGAAGUAACGACAACAUGCUGUCGACGGAACAACACCCGCGAAUGAUGACGACAAGGUCGAAUAAUCAAGCAACGAGUGGGAGACGAUAUUUGCCGGCGCCGUCGGGCACUGCCGAUCAUGGACCAACUGUGCAGAGCUCGAGCUCGUCUUCUUCAGUUGUACCAUCUUCAUCUUUGCAGACAGGACCUCCUUUGCUAAGCACGGGUGCAAGUACAGAGCAGUUGAAGCCGAGUUACUCUAUGAUGCACCAGUCUAGUAAUGACGUUAAUAGCGGUACUGGUACAGAACCAACACCUACACCCAUCAUUGCGCAACAGCAGCUAAUCGAGCAGCGCCUGCCGUCUAGUCGACAAGUUAGCGCGCGCACCGGGCCACUAAGAGACGCGGCGCUUGGCGUUUUGGGUAAUGUGGGAAGCAGGAGUAGCAGUCACGAAAUGCCCGUCUCCUCUGGUAGCACGCUCGGCGGCCCUUCACCCGUAGCUGUCGAGGCUUCUCCCGCUACGAGUGCAAGCACUAUGGGGAUGUCAUCGUCCUCGAAGAACGUCAAGCCACUCAGUUUGAUAUCCUUGCGCGAGCCGGGGGUCUACAACGGUGGGAGCCAGCCAGGUGCAACGGAACCGCCGCAGCACCAUCGUCCACGGUUCGUUCCACAAAAUACUCCACACCCACCGAAGAUUAGCGUGAGAACGCCGGCUGGAGCCCCGAUGUCUGCGGCCCAUCAUGGGCAGCAGCAGGGCAACCUGCAACCCGCUGCGGGACAGCCAAUGACAUCUCAUGAAAACGAGCACUCAGUACGCCAAGCGAGCAAUCGAUCCCACCGCGGCACUGUUGCUGAUCAAACCGGAACAUCAAUGGAGCUCCCAACUGCGACUUCUAGUUCAGGUCGGGGACGCUCUGCGAGUGUAAUGCCUAUUCCCGCAGCACCGGUUGCAACUGUGACUAGCCACGUCGUGGCUCAGCCAGCUGUCGUUGUUCAGCCUCAACAACAAUCCUCUUCGACGACCCCAAACGCAAGUUCAUCGGUCUUGCGGCAGCGAAAGCGUCGAGAUCGCUCACCGACAGGGAAGAUUGGCUUCUUUGGCGAUCAAGCGGAGCCAGCGUCUCUGCAAAAUUCAAUAGGUCAUAUGACCUCUCCAGCUGGUAGCACGAUUGCGCCGCCGGCGUUCGGACGUCGGCCUCCAGGUGGGGCUAGUUCAAUCUUGUUCGGCUAGUUAGAAAGUAUUCAAGCACUUGUCGUUGUGUCUGCUUUUUUUGAUCUGAAAUAUCUUCUGCAAUGAAUAUCACGCUUUUUAGGAUGUUGUAGCCCAGAUAGAUGAGAAAGAUUAAGGAAAAUUGAUGUACGCUGUCGAUCGGUUAUCCUGUAUAGAUGAAAUGAUGGCGGUAGUCAAUUUUGACUUUUGACUUAUAUUUGGUAUUUUUUGGUACUGGUAGCAGAACUUCGUACUGAUUUUUGAAAGGAAGCGAUUUUCGACUCUCGAUAGAAUGAUUGCUUGAAAUAACAACGACCGUAAAUAAGCUGUUCCGUGUUGCAGAACUAUGACGAGGUGGUAGAGCAGCACUAGAUUGAUUGAAAUGUAAUCUGAAAUUUAGGAUGACUCAAUGCAGUAAAUACUUUCUUAGUUCUUUGGAGAAUCAACACGGAUUUGUACCACGAGCUCUCGAUAGAUAUACAGAUGUUAUUAUCGGUGUUCGCACCUGUUCCAC